AUGCCAUGCAAACGCCCCGUUUGUACCAAAACCUUCUUAUUGAACAAUGGCAGCUCGAUGCCUGCCGUGGGCUUAGGAACAUGGCAAGGCAGCCCUGGAACGUCUGAUGAACACGCCUUGAAAGCGUCAAUCGUCCACGCCCUCCGCAGCGGCUACCGUCUCCUGGAUACGGCCCAGAUGUACGGAGUUGAGUCCAUCGUGGGUCAGGCCAUCCGCGAGAGCGGGGUCCCUCGGGAGGAGAUCACGAUUGUCACCAAGUUCUGGGUAAACUGGCACCACGAUCCGGGCCGAGCAUUAUCCGCUUCUCUCGAGGCGAUGCGGCUAGACUACGUUGACCUCUUCCUCAUACAUCUGCCCUGUGGCACCACGCCGGACGGAAAACCGCUUGGCAUCCAGGGGUCGCCGACAUUUGUGGAGACGUGGAAGGCGAUGGAAGGUCUGGUUGGGCCGAGGUGCAAGGCCAUUGGCGUUAGCAACUUUACGCAGAAGCUCUUGGAGACGUUGCUUGAGAGCGCGAGCGUUGUGCCGGCUGUGAAUCAGAUUGAGCUGCACGCGUUCAAUCCCUGCCUACGACUGGUGCCAUAUUGUCAAUCCAAGGGCAUCCAUGUGAUGGGCUAUGGAUCAUUGGGAGGCGGAGAUGCCAGCCCUUUUGACCAAAUUCUAACUCACAAGGUGUUUGCUGAUUUGGCCGAAGCCAAGGACUGUUCGAUUGGCGUGGUUCAUCUGUCAUGGGCCGUUCAACGGGGCGUCACGGUUAUUCCGAGGACCAAGUCGCACUCACGUUUGGGGGAUAAUAUCCGCCUUGUUACUCUAAGUGAUGAAGAGAUGAGCAUAAUGAACGCUGCGAAAGACAACAUAGCGCAGUGCCGAGCUAUUAACAAGUACCGAGAUAGCCCUGAUGGGGAGGUGAUCAUUCUCGGCUGGACUAUGGUGGACUUUGGUUUCGAGGACAGCGAAGGUAACUGUCUGACUUGA